AUGAAUUCUUCCGGCGUAGCAAUCGAUGGCAGCGCGAUCAGUGCAAACACACAACGGAAAACGCACAGGCGAAACGAGUCGAUGUAUGCGAUGACCGGGCUCUACUCGGAAGCGCAAACCGACGACAGUAGCGCGGACAUUCCUCAGGACACGGAGUCGGAAUCGUUACCGAUGUCUAUGAACACUGCCACAACCACAACCACCCCGGCUACCGCAACAGUGGACACCACCGUCAUCAAGUGCCACAGUCGCCAGCCGUCGAGCAGUGUGAUGAUGGACCGCGACAAGCCGUUACCCAACCUGCUACUGAUCAACGACGACUACAUGCGGGAUUGUGGCAUCCUCAGCUGCCGGCCGUCGACGGUGCAACAUUUUGCCCGGAUCAAGGUUUUCGUGCUGCUUCUGUCGAUCCUGGUUACACUCCAGCAGGCGCUUAGUUCUGGAUACAUAAACUCCGUGAUAACUACCAUCGAGAAGCGUUUCGAAAUUCCAUCGAGCCUGUCCGGUUUGAUAGCGUCGAGCUACGAGAUCGGCAACGUAAUCACUGUCAUAUUCGUUAGCUAUCUGGGCAGUAGGCGACAUAUUCCGGUUUGGAUCGGCAUAGGAGCCGUUAUCAUGGGUAUCGGAUCGCUCGUUUUCAUGGUGCCUCAUUUUACUGGCGAAGCGAACCCGGGUAUCAUGAUCGACAAUAAAACAUCCGACAACAUCUGCCGCAUCGUGUCGGUGCGCGAGCAGGACAUGGGACUGGGACGGCUAUCGAACAGUCUUUCGAAUCCUCCUCUUACUUCGCACAACUUAAGAGGAGACAACUGUUUGAAGAGCAAAGCAUCCACCUUCGGACCAGUGAUAUUGUUUGUGAUCGCGCAAAUAUUGCUCGGAGGUGGCGGAAGUCCACUGUUUACGCUAGGCACGACGUACGUGGACGAUCACGUUCGCAAAGAGAGUUCGUCUAUGUAUAUCGGUGCAAUGUACAGCAUGGCAGCCUUUGGGCCCGUGCUCGGAUUUCUGCUCGGAGCGUAUCUCUUAUCCUUUCACAUGGAUUCGUUUUCCGGAAGUGACAUCAAUAUUGACCCCGAUGAUCGACGGUGGGUUGGUAUGUGGUGGGGCGGUUUCUUAGUGUGUGGAUUGCUGCUCAUCCUUGUGGCGAUACCAUUUUUCUCUUUCCCCAAGGUACUGACACGCGAGAAAAAGAAAAUUCGCAUUGCCGAACAGCGGCUACCGCAAUUGCAGCAGUUAUCGUCGAACAAUUCGAGUAGCUUACCACGGUCCCAACCGAACCUAUCGCAACCGCCAGGGAGUCUGCAGCAGCAACAGCAAAUUGGGCAACAUGCUCAGCACAACCCUAGUACCGGUCCGGCGGCGGCGACAAACAAAUGUAGCGAGGACACCGGAUAUGGCAAAGAUAUAAAAGACAUUCCGCAGUCGAUGUGGCGCCUGGUCACGAAUCCUGUGUACAUCUGCACCUGCCUCGGUGCGUGCAUGGAGCUGAUGAUUGUUUCCGGUUUUGUGGUAUUCCUGCCAAAGUACCUGGAAACGCAGUUCAGCUUGGGCAAAAGCCAAGCGAGCGUUUUUACGGGGUCAAUUGCGGUACCCGGCGCUUGUAUCGGAAUCUUCGUCGGUGGCUGCAUCCUGAAACGCUUUCAGCUCAAGCCAAAGGGUGCCGUACAGUUUGUGCUGAUAUCGAACCUUGUUUGCCUGUCGUGCUAUGGCUUGCUGUUCUUUCUGGGUUGCGAAAAUCUCAAGAUGGCGGGCACAACAAUACCGUACUACAAUAACUCGGCCCAAAGCGUUGAACCGUUCCAGGUGAAUCUGACGGCGGCAUGUAAUUUCGGCUGCGAGUGUCACAUGUACGACGUUGAGCCGGUCUGUGGCAACAACGGACUUACUUACUUCAGUCCGUGCCAUGCCGGCUGUACGGCGUUCUCGUCCAGUUCAAACUACACCAACUGUGCAUGUGUCCAAACGAAUGUAACAAACAUAUACAAGGGUGUCGAAGGAGCGCAGGCACAGGCGCUGAAUGCGCACGAAAACUUUGCGGAGGUUACUGUAGUCCCGGUUGCAACCGCUGGUGUGUGCAACACACCGUGCAGAACGAUUUAUCCAUUUCUGAUUUUGUUGUUCUUUAUGACGUUCGUCGUGGCGUCUACGCAAAUGCCACUGUUGAUGAUUGUUCUAAGAUCUGUCUCGGAGGAGGAACGCUCCUUUGCUCUCGGCAUGCAGUUCGUGAUAUUUCGCCUUUUCGGCUACAUACCGGCGCCGAUCGUUUUCGGCAAUCUCAUCGACUCGUCCUGUCUGCUGUGGAAAUCAACAUGUGGCGAAAAGGGAGGGCGUUGUCUUCUCUAUGAUAUUGAAAUGUUUCGUUACAAGUACGUAGGGCUGUGUGCGUCAAUUAAAAUCAUUGCCUUGGUGAUAUUCAUCAUCGACUGGUGGCUAGUAAGGAGGCGGAAAUGCUUGGACAAAAUGAACCCAAUGUCAGCGAAUGAGCUUGUCGGAUCGAUCAUAAGUUUGGAUAAAUUAUUUGAAGAAAAAUUACCCAUGGAAGACACCAGUGCUGCCGUCCCCUUCAAUGGGGAAUGCGUUUCCGGCGACACAAUGACGGACAACAGCAAACGAGUCCUAAUCGCAAGCCGCCAUCAGCGUAAUGAUUCGAAAACAAUUCAAUUAGAAUAUAGGUAUGAUGACGGUGGUACGCACCAGACAUACCGCCUGCCGCCGGUGCGCAAGCACUACCGCAGCAAUUCCUGUGAUAUAAAAAUUCAGCGUAGCAAUUCCGCCACUAACCGGGAGGUAGAUUUUCACGACUGGAAGUUGAAACGCUUCAUGCGCCGUCACACGCGCAACAAUUCGCAUGACUACAAUAACGAUCUGCAUCGUCAUCAGCAACACUCGGUAGCGACUGGUUCUUCUGUGCAGCUCGGCCGGUGGAUCGCGUUGCAAAAUAACAACGCCGGAAACGCCGAGCAGCAUCAAUCGGCCUUAUCAUCGGCAGCUCCUGCUGGUGCCAACAACAUUCGCUACAUUUUGAAUCACUUAAAACAAGCAGCGCCCGGAGCUGCGCCGGAACAUGUAAAACUGGCCUACAGUAAUAGUUGCAGCGGAGCUGGUGGCAGCGGAGUAACGAAGAAAAAGCGCCACACGCGCAACUAUUCGUACGGGCAAGAGUUUUCCUUCUUACCGAAUAACGUCAUUAUUCGACUCGAUAACGAUAUCGCUAAUAAGUUCCUAAGCUCGACGGGCGCCCCGGUUGGAGGAGGCGGUGUUGGUACUGGCGUGUCUUCUAGGAAAAGUUCCUUCUCGCAUGACGUGACGGCGGUGCUGAAAAAUAAUGCCGCACACGGGGCGAAGCUAAACAACAUCAAGCAACUCAACCACAACCAUAGCAGCGAUCUCACUGAGGAGCUGGAAUCGAAGUACGGUAAGGGGCACUCGCGCACCAAUUCCAGAGAUUUAAAUCUUUUGAAUUUGGCCCCACUCAGCGCGGGAAGUAAUGGGGGUGCGAGCGCGGGGAACUUUGAGACCAGUUGCGAACGAUCGGCGGGAGGGAUACCUGAUGAACCUAGCGUCCGGCGUGUGCCAACGUUGGUCGACGCACGCAUGCUCAACACGCUAGACAGUAACAUCCGUCUAAGGGCCGGAGCCCUAAGUGUAUAA